GGUUUUUAAUUACCCUGCCUCCUUUGUACACUAUAACACCCUCCCUACCUCUCGAACGGCAGUAGACCUAUAAAAAGUGACGCAUUGCUAUCGUUCAGCACCGAUUCACUCACAAUGACUCGUCUAAGCAAGAUCAACUUUCAAGUUCUCUUUUCGUUUGGGGUGUUGGCGUUACUUCUAGCCACAUGUAAGACAAACGGAGCAAGCGUGGCGGUCGAUUCUAAAGAUUCUUAUGUUACAGCUACCGAAUCCUACAAGGAAUCUGCCAAGGAAACAUCUUACGGCGACGACAAUCAUAAUCCUCGCAUCGGUCUGUACAUGCAAAAAGUUGAUCCUUAUGGUACAGUUGGACCCAUUGGAGGCAACCAGGCUUUCUUCCUGACUUCGCUGCCUAGCUACGGUGGUUACGGGCCUUCCGGAAGUAGCUAUGGUGGACAACAAGCUGGCUCUUAUGGUGCGACUGCACUGCCAUACAUCGUGACGGGCAGUUAUGGCGGAAACGUCUACGGCUCUGCCUAUUCUGGCGGGUCAGCUUACAGCGCCGCUGCUAACAGUGGUGCUUCCGGGAGUUACAGUGCCACUGCUGCUCCUUCAUACGCAUCUGGGUCCUUGAAUUACGGCGCAUCCGCAUCAUCCUACGGUGUAACCCAGGCUCCGGCUUAUGGCGGAUCAACUUAUGGCGUUACUCAGGCACCAGCUUAUGGGGCACCAUCUUACGCCGGAUCAGCUUAUGGUGUCACUCAAGCUCCGACUUAUGCUGGCUCUGCUUAUGGCGCAACGUUCGCUCCCACUUAUGGUAUGGGAACUUCCUAUGGUGCAUCUUCUUACGGCGUAACUCCGGCCCCUACCUACGGUGGAGCAGCUUACGGUGUAACCCAGGCGUACGGAAACAUGGCAUCUUCCUAUAGCGGAGCGGCUUAUGGUGUUACUCCAGCUCCUGCUUACAAUAUGGCGUCAUCGUACGGUGGAGCUUACGCCGUUACUCCAGCCACGUCUUACGGCAUGGGCUCUUUCUAUGGUGGAUCUGCUUAUGGUGCGAAUCAAGCCGCUACCUAUGGCAUGGGUUCCUUGUACGGUGGAUCGUCUUAUGGCGUUACACAAGCCCCAGUCUACGGUGGAGCUUCUUACGGCACUACACAAGCCCCCGUUUACGGUGGAUCUGCUUAUGGUGCCACCCCACCUCCAGCUUACGGUGUCACACAGGCUUACGCCAACAUGGCUUCUUCUUACGGUGUUACACCAGCUCCUAUUUACAACAACAUGGGCAGCUACGGAUCGUCCUACUCUGGAUCAGCAUACGGUGUUACUUCCGCUCCUACUUAUGGCUUCAACAUGGGCUCAUCGUACGGUGGUUACAGCGCCGCUUCGUCUCCCCUCUCUUAUGGUGGCAACUUGAACAUGCCUAGCGGUUCCUUUUUAACUGGAUCGACUUACGGCGCUGGAGGCUAUGGAAGCAACGCUGGAUACAGUGGAGCUGGUAGCAGUUACGGUGUUGCGUCAUUCCCUUACUCGUCUUACGCUGGCAACAUGGGCUCAUUUUAUGGCGGGAAUUACGGCAAUGUUUACGGUAGCCCGGCUUCCUACCCUGAAGCUUAUUACUCAACUGGAUACGGUCACGGUGGAUACGGUGGAUACGGAAGUGGAGCUUACGGCGCAGGUUCCAGUUACAGCCCCUUCUUGAACAGUGGCGCUGGAUACAACAUGAACGCUUACGGCAAUGUUGCUGCUUAUUAAACUUGUUAUUGUUCGUGUUAAGUCAAAUAGAAGUAUUUAAUUGAAA